CCCACGUGACUGGCUCUGCUCUCAGGCCAUCAUGGCGUCUCCCAGUGGGAAGGGAGCCCGGGCGCCGGAGGCUCCUGGCUGCGGGUCUCGGCAGCUCGUCCGGGACCUAGUGGACUCCGUGGACGACGCGGAGGGGCUGUACGUGGCGGUUGAGCGGUGUCCGCUGUGCAACACUACCCGCCGGCGGCUGACCUGCGCCAAGUGCGUCCAGAACGGCGAUUUCGUCUACUUCGACGGCCGCGACCAUGAGAGGUUUAGUGACAAGAAGGAAAGAUUAAGCCUACUUAAGAGCAAGCAAGAAGAAUUUCAAAAAGAAGUAUUAAAGGCUAUGGAAGGAAAACGGAUAACAGAUCAGCUGAGAUGGAAAAUAAUGUCCUGCAAGAUGAGGAUUGAACAGCUGAAGCAGACAAUAUGUAAAGGAAAUGAAGAAAUGAAGAAAAAUUCUGAAGGCCUUCUCAAAACCAAGGAAAAGAACCAGAAGCUUUACAGCCGAGCACAACGGCAUCAAGAGAAAAAAGAGAAGAUUCAGAGGCACAAUCGCAAACUUGGUGACCUGGUAGAGAAAAAAACCAUUGACUUAAGAAGUCAUUAUGAGCGUCUGGCAAAUCUCCGGCGAGCUCAUAUAUUAGAGCUCACCUCUGUCAUUUUUCCAAUCGAGGAAGUAAAGACGGGUGUGAGAGAUCCUGCGGAUGUGUCUUCAGAGAGUGACAGUGCCAUGACCUCCAGCACCGUGAGCAAGCUUGCCGAAGCCCGCAGGACAACUUACCUCUCAGGGAGAUGGGUCUGUGAUGAUCACAAUGGAGACACCAGCAUUAGCAUUACAGGGCCUUGGAUUAGCCUCCCUAACAAUGGGGACUACUCUGCCUAUUACAGUUGGGUAGAAGAGAAGAAAACAACACAGGGGCCUGACAUGGAGCAUAAUAACCCCGCGUACACGAUCAGUGCUGCACUGUGCUACGCGACUCAGCUGGUCAACAUCUUGUCUCACAUACUCGAUGUCAAUCUUCCCAAAAAACUGUGCAACAGUGAAUUUUGUGGGGAAAAUCUCAGCAGACAGAAAUUUACCCGAGCCGUGAAGAAAUUGAAUGCAAAUAUCCUUUACCUUUGCUUUUCUCAGCAUGUAAAUUUAGAUCAGUUACAACCACUGCAUACCCUCAGGAAUCUAAUGCACCUGGUCAGUCCGAACUCUGAACACCUUGGCAGGUCGGGGCCCUUUGAAGUACGAGCAGACCUUGAGGAAUCCAUGGAAUUUGUGGAUCCUGGAGUCGCCGGAGAAUCAGAUGAGAGUGGAGAUGAGCACAUAAGUGACGAGGAGACAGACCUGGGCAUGGACUGGGAGAACCUGCCAAGCCCCCGGUUUUGUGAUAUCCCUUCCCAGCCCGUGGAAGUCUCCCAGAGCCAGAGCACCCAGGCAUCCCCGCCCAUCGCUAGCAGCAGUGCGGGUGGCAUGAUCUCCUCCGCAGCAGCCUCAGUGACCUCCUGGUUUAAAGCGUACACUGGACACCGCUAAUGAGCAUGGAUAAAAACAUGCCAAAUUUGCAUCAAGAAAGUUCUUCUCCCACUACACUCUAGUAAACCUUAUCUCUUUAGUUGAGAGUGCCUGAAACAAAAAAGGUUAAACUGCUUUUUUUUUUUUUUUUUUAAGGCAGGGAGACAUAUGGUAUGACCGACGUGUAAAAUGGGUGUGUGCGUAUGAUAAUAAGACAGAGGGGUCAAAGGUCCUUCUGCCCAGACCAGUGUUGCUAGAAGAAGGACCUGCACAUGUGGCCCAUUUCUGAUUUUGUUGAGGAAGCAGCCAUUCAUUUGGGCAUUUGGGCUCCCUCUCUCUGAUCACGGACCACAGGACCCACAGAAUCCACCGAGAUGGCUUCAUGGUUGCCUUUUGCGAUGCUGGGACUAUUCCUGAACACUUCAAGUUUUAGAAGUUGCAUCACAGGAAGUGUUUGUUUUUUUUUUUUUAUCUACAGAAUACUUCUUUUCUGGUAUUAUUGUUUAUCGUAUAGGCUUGCCUAUUGCUUGGCUGGAAGGUGGUUUCGGGAAUGGCUACAGUUCCACCUGAGAGGGGUGUCUUAGGGCCAUAGUCUCGGGGGUUCCUCUAGUCUCUAUCAGUUCAGUAAGUCUGGUCUUUUUUUUUACGAAUUUGAUUUUUUGUUCUACAUUUUUCUCAUCUGUCCAGGCCCUCAGUUGUGAUCACCGCCAGAGUGGUCAGUAGUGAUAGCUGAGCACUGUCUAGUUCUCCUGGUCUUGAGGUCAUGUAGGCUGUGGCUUAUGUGGUCCGUUAGUCCUUUGGACUAAUUGCCCCCUUGAGUUUUUGGUUUUCCUUACUCUCCUUGACUCCGAACAGGGAGAGACCACUAGUUGUAUACAAGGAAGCAAUUCUUGACAAUGAGGACUUGAAAGAGAUAAACUGUUUAAUGAGAGUUUGUUUUGAUGCCAUCAUUUUUUGUAUGGAGGCACUUUGAAAUAUUUUAUUUCUUUAUAGUUUGGUCAUCUUGGAUUUUUAGGUCAAGAAUUUUGGCUUUGUUUGGGAGAGGUGGUCCUUUUUUGAGGGGUAGUUUAAAAAUCAUUUGUGCUGCUCUGUUGUAGCUCGUCAGACAUUCCUGCUUUUCUUUAUCCCCACACACCAAAGAAACUAAGGUCUUUUUUUCUUUAGGACCCAUGUCUAUGAACAGAAGAAAUCCCAGUUGCAAUAAUGUCCCACAGAUUUAAAAUUAUUUUCUUGUAUUCUAAGGGGAAUUAAGCUGCUUCUCAGCUAGAUUUUUUAAUUCCUCCUGUCUACACUGUGUGCAUUUUGAAAUUGAAUUUCUUUUCUAUGAGUGAAAAUAAGUCAUUAAGGUCAUUCUGUUGUGUGAGCUAAAUGCCUGCCUGGGCACAGGUUACGAGCCACUUAAUCAAGUGGCCGCUGGUCAUUCUCCUGGUGUCCAGCCUCUUUUAAGGGAUGUAGUAGGUGGCAGGUGUUUCCAGGGGAAGCCAUCCGGUUUGUUUCCUAGAGGCCUUUGUUACUCUGAAGACACUACCUUUGUUCAGAAAUGCAGAGCAGAUCGUUAUAGCUGAUACUACACCCUAUCCUGGGGAAAGCUCAGAUACAAAGAAUGUUCCCUCACCAAGAGAUCACUUUCAGCUAAUGUGUCUUGUCAUUCUCUUAGUGACAAUCUUACAAGAAAACCGUAAUGAGAGGCAUUAUGUGCAAAUAUGUAAGUAGUUUUUUUCUUUUUAAUAACUGCAAAAAAAAAAUCUUAUGUAACAACUACAAAAAAAUCCUAUGAAAAAUUCCUAAUAGGCAUUAUUACCAUAUCUUGUUAGUGUGAUUAGCAUAAUAGUACCUCAGAUAAAUCAUUUCAAUGUUUACUCUGCCCUAGCUUCUUUUCUCAUUGUAAUUAUGAUAGUAGAUACUUUGCCUCCAAACCUGAGGUGCUAUAUGGCUUUUGCUAGUAAUAUAUUUGGUGUUUGGUAGCAUUUUGGGUAGAGUUGUAGGGGGAGAGGUUUAUUCCUAUCAAGGAGUACCACAUUCCCAGACUCUCUGACAUUUUCCACUUAGGGAACAAACAGGCUUUUCCAAACCUUGUGGGUUCUUGUAUAGCCGCUCUCUGUUUAAAGUGCUCAGCUUCAUGAUUGCUGGGCUUGCAUUGUACCAUCCAGUUCUAUAAUUCAUAGAGAGUAGGUAUGGUAAACUUGAACAAAUACCAGAUGAACUUGAAAUCCCAUAAGACUUGUCUAGCUACUUGAGACCCUCAGAAGGAAUAGCUCAGUCUCAAGAGUUGGAAGACUGGGAUUUGGGGAUUUGGGGGUAGAGAUUGACUUCAUCUGAAUGGUAUACACAGUACUCAUGGUUUUCUCAAGUAAGCCUCUUUAUGAAACCAUGAAUGUGAGAUGAAGCUAAAGGAUAGAAUCCAGAUACCACAAACUGAUAUCUAAAGUAAUCCAACAAAAUGUAUAAGAACGUGGCCAAUAUAGGGAUCGAUAGGGUAUAUUUUGUUGUUAAUCUCGACUAGAGGCACUUUACUUAGGGUUAAGUGAUCAAACCCUUCGGUGGUUUUGAACACCAACAUACUGACUUACACUGCUGAGAUGUUUUGGUUUUCAUUAUUUUGCACUGGAUCCACCAUGUAAAUAUUCUUAAAUAUACAUUUCAACCACUGUUUUUUCUACUCUUUUUGCUGCUCAUUAAAAUCUUUCAUGUAGGUGCCAGAACCAUAUGUAAACAGCUUUUUAAAAAAUUGAAGCUGGUAUUUUUUUUUUUUUUUUUUAGAAAAAAAAAAGCCAUAGUACUGGGUCAUGUUUUCCAUUUUAAAAUGAUUUAUUGAAACAAGGUAAUACUAAUUAAAAAAAAAAAAAAAACUACAGGCACCAAAUAGGCUGCUUAAAAUGGUCUGUUCAAGACUUUUUUGUAAUGGAAUAUAACUGAGAGGUUUUGCACGUUCCUAAGAGGAAGAACAGUAUGUCAGCAUUGAGUAUAGCAGACGGAAUUCACGUCAGGAUCCCUGUGUAGGCAAUUUGGAAAAGAACAUUCAGUGGCAUGCUGUUAAAGGAAUUACUGCAUCGGAGGGUCUCCUCGCAGUGUCACGUUGCAGGACUGUCCCUCUGCUCUGCAACUUCCAAGCUGGUUUGAGUCAUGCAAAUGUUUUCUAAAUGUUUAUUGUAUUAAACUGCAAUAAAUCUUUUAACAGUACUUUGCUAAUAUGUAUGUCAUUUUUCAAGUUCGGAGCAUUCAUUUCUGCUGCUACAUUGAGGGUAGAAAAAAAAUGACAUCUAACCCCUUUAGUAUUUUAUACAACUUUUACAAUAUUUUUUAGAAUUCUUCUGCCAGGUAAGAAAAAAUGGCUAUUAAUAAGUUUUUAAAACUAUAGAUCAUGGUGGUAGUGGCAUCCAUCAUUAGCAAGCCAGGAAACUGGUUGCUUACCGGUUAUACACAUUCUCUAACGAUACGUUUCUUGGUACCCAUCAUAUAAUGAGCACAACCUACAGCAGCUUGGUGUCCUUGGCAGUUGUUCAGCCUUGUCCUAGCCAUUCCCAGGCAACAGCACCCUGAAGGGAGUGGGCCUCCAGGAUGCCUGUGUGCAGCUGCCCAUAUUUUCUUUGGGACAAAAGAGAAAGGCAGUGGCGGGGGGGCGGGGGGGGAGGAUGAUGGAGGGACUUGCCAAGCUGAGAGGAGGACAGUGGAAAAUGUGUUACCUUCCAAGUUAUAUUGUUACGGAGAGGGGCCGCCUGCAGGUGGUGGGAGAUACCAGGAAUGACUGCUGUGGAACAUCCUGGCCAACUCAGAGGUAGCAAGGAGCUGUGGUCCUGGCUGUCCUACACUUUUACCAGGAGCAGAUGGCCACACAACAAAAGGAGGAGAUGGACAAGGAAAUGGGAGGGUUCCCAAAUAGGGUUUGUGCCAAAGUCCCCAGAGCUGUGAUGUUACUAUCCUUCAGCUUCUCUAGGUAGAAGGUAAAAACAUGCUCUGAUCUGUUAUCGUUAGGUGCCAUCGAGUUGGUUCCGACUCAUAGCGACCCCAUGUACAACAGAAUGAAACACCGCCCAGUCCUGCACCAUCCUCAAAAUUGUUGCUUUGCUUGAGCUCAUUGUUGCAGCCACGUGUCAGUCCACCUCGUUGAGGGUCUUCCUCUUUUCUGCUGACCCUAUACUUUGCCAAGCAUGAUGUCCCCCUCCAGGGACUGAUGUCCCUCUCCAGGGACUGAUCCCUCCUGACAACAUGCCCAAAGUAUGUAAGACGCAGUCUUGCCAUCCUUGCUUCUAAGGAGCAUUCUGGUUGUACUUCUUCCAAGACACGUUUGUUCUUUUGGCAGUCCAUGGUAUAUUCAAUAUUCUUCGCCAACACCACAAUUCAAAGGUGUCAGUUCUUCUUAUUCAUUGUCCAGCUUUCACGUGCAUAUGAUGCGAUUGAAAAUACCAUGGUUUGCAUCAGGCAUACCUUAGUCUUCAAGAUGACAUCUUGACUUUUCAACACUUUAAAGAGGUCCUUUGCAGCAGAUUUACCCAGUGCAAUGUGUCAUUUGAUCCAUGGCUGUUGAUUGUGGAUGCAAAUAAAAUGAAAUUCUUGACAACUUCAAUCUUUUAUCCAUUUAUCAUGAUGUUGCUCAUUGGUCAAGUUGUGAGGAUUUUUGUUUUAUGUUGAAGUGCAAUCCAUACUGAAGGCUGUGGUCUUUGAUCAUCAUUAGUAAGUGCUUCAAGUCCUUUUCACUUUCAGCAAGCAAGGUUGUGUCAUCUACAUAACGCAGGUUGUUAAUGAGUCUUCCUCCAGCCCUGAUGGCCCAUUCUUCACAUAGUCCAGCUUCUUGGAUUAUUUGUUCAACAUACAGAUUGAAUAGGUAUGGUGAAAGGAUGCAACCCUGACGCACACCUUUUCCUGAUUUUAAACCACUUAGUAUCCCCUUGUUCUGUUCGAACAACUGACUCUUGAUCUAUGUAAGAUUCCUCAUGAGCACAAUUAAUAUGCUCCUAUCUAGUGUAUAACAAAUACCCCCAGAGUAUCUCAUGGUUGAUUCAGAAAUCAGAGGUUGAAGCAGAUGCAGAGAACUAAGGAUAACUUAGAAGCAUUGAUGUAGAGCAAUACUGUCCAACAGAAAUAAUGCAAGCCCUUUAUGUGACCUUAAAUUUUCUAGUAGUCACAUUAAAAAAGUUUGAAGAAAAAAAAAGUGGUUUAUUUUUAAUCAAGAAUAUCAAAAAAAAUAUUAUUUCAACAUGUAAUCAGCAUGAAAAGUAGCCACAUGUAGCUAGUGGCCAACAGUGGACAGAUGGCAUAGACUCUGGAGUCUGGCAAGCAUCUUCCAGGUAUACACUUAGGACCUCCCAAGAAUGAAGUUUUAGGAAAAGGUAUAGAGGGAAGGAAAUUUUUCAGUGGCCUUGGAGGAAUGCUGGGGGGAAGUCUUGUUCUAAUAUAGUGAGACUCACUCUAGUUGAGCUCAAGAUUUGCCACUUAAGGCUUUUUCUGGGUGUCUGACAUUUGUCUUUCCAGGCCCCUCCACUUCAUCCUGCUGUUGCCAGGGAGACUGAGCUGGGUAGGCUGCAUCAACAGGCUUCAUGGCUUCUGGUAGUCAGGGUGUUUAUUCCCCAGCUUUGUCCCUGCCGUGUUUGUGUUCCUCAAAUGGAAGUCACUGCUGACUGGAUACAACCUCCUCCCUCUGAUCCUGGUGGCCACCCCUACCUCUCCUCCAGGGUCUAGCCCUUGUUGUUUUAUUGAACACACCAGUGGUUCGUAACCUUCCCUGCACUUCUGAAUCACCUGGGGAGCUUUACAGGACACUAAUGAUGUUCAGCUGCUACCCCCAAAGGUUCUGGUUUAAUUUACCUAGGGUGGGGCCUAAGCAUUGGGAGUUUUCAGAGUUCCACAGGUGAUUCUGAUAUACAGCCAAGAUUAAGAAUCACUAGCCUGCCCAGUACCGGCUUUAACCCAGGCAGCUGGGACCCUGCACUGGCUCCUGAACUUUAGAAGGUCCAACCCCUUAGCCCUGCUGUGGUACCCUUUCUCCCUGGGCAAAGAGUUUGCAGGACCACGGGGACAGGCUUUACUGGAACCUGCAUUUCUGGGUCCUUGUAACCCAGGGCUUCCAAGGCCCUUUGGCCAGCUCUGUCCUCCAGAGAGAAGAUCCAAGCCUGAGGGGUGGCUUGUGUGUAUGUGUUCCUACACUGAGGAACGAUGCUGGGCUGGGAAGAAAAGGGGGUGGGCUGCAGGAGUGUCCUCUCUUUGUAUUCUUACCCUGGGCACCACAAAUAUUGAGGCGGGCUUGCCCUUGUAUCUACUCCCUUAUAAACUCUCCUUGAAUCCGCUCAUCUUGGGUGUGCCAAGUGUUUCUUGUUGAGACCCUGUGCAAUGCAGAGCACACACGGGAAGAAAGGUGAGGGGCCUGAAGCCAAAACUACUGGCCAUGGAAGAGGAAAAGGUCAUGUGAGAGGUCACCACCUCUGCUUUAAAAAAAGGAGGAGGGUAAAUCAGGGCUGGGUGGAAGAAGAAUUGUUCAUGGCAGGGCACACACCCCGCAGCAGUUGUGCUCGGUUGCCUGCAUACAGGAUUGGUGAGAAAGGGCAGAGUGAAGGCCAACAGCUCAGUCUCAGAUCAGGGAAAGCUGGCUCCAUCCUGACCCUUGAAACCAAACCGGGACAGGCUGCAAAGAGUUGUGCAAAUGAACGCCCAACCUCACAGAGGAUAAGGGACAGAUAGAAUUAACUACAUUUUACUGUUUGGCAACUAAUUUGAUUUUGGUGUUUAACUAUCAACCUCUUCAUACUGGCAACCUUGGUGGCAUACUGGUUAAAUUCUACGGCAGCUAACCAAAAGGUCGGCAGUUUGAAUCCACCAGGCACUCCUUGGAAACAAUAUAGGGAAGUUCUACUCUGUCCUACAGGGUUGCUAGGAGUCAGAGUCAACUCAACAGCAACGGGUUUUUAAUUCAUACUACUUAAAAGGUUUUUUUUUUUUUUAAAAAGGUAUCUGGGACUUGGAUAUGAGUUCAUAAAGCAACUGGUUCUGAUACAGUGGGAGAGGGAGAAAGGGAACUAAUUAAAAUAGCACAGGUGAUACUGCCCCAAGUAACUGUUUGAUGGGAUCUACUAUUUCCCAAGUCUCAGCUUCUGCUCACAGCACGUCACCCAGCGUGGGCAUCUUACAAGACUUGUCACACGCCGCCUGUGACUAUGCACCUUAUAUUUAAUCCUCUGCUGGGUGAUGGGCAAAGAAUUUUCAGUUUUAGCCAGAUGCCAUUCCCCUCCCCCACACGCUAACUUUAGAAACCAAUCUCUGCUGUGUUUCAUCAGUCCAAGGAAAAAAAACAUUUAGUUGAGCCUUCUUAUUUUUUACUUAAAGAGCCCACCUUAUUUACAAAGGAAUUUGAGAUAAAAAGUUCCCGAGCUAAUUUUUCCUACGGGCUGUUCUCUGCUAAUUAAAGCAUGAACAGGGACCUCUUUGGGGGGAAAAAGGUUGCAGUGUAAGGGAUUGCCACCUCUGGCCCCAUUCCAGUUCUUUCUCCUUCCUCCCCAGCUACCAACUCUAGUGGCAUCUGCCCCCCCGACCCCCGCCCAACAUAAUGCCAAGUUCAAACCACCUAGAAUGGUUGUGCUGCAGCCUACGGUUUUGCUUAGAGCAGUUAGGUAUAAGUACAUGGGAAGUCACCCAAGGGUGCAUUACCACAAUGUUUACUGUUCCCGUGAGGCUUUGCAAACACCAGCUAUGGCCACAAACUUAUGAAUAGCACAUGUCAAUGGAAGGGACUGCACACUUCCCACACAGGUGCUUUAAGCCACCUCCCAGAGAUUGCAACUUGAGCUUCAUUUGAAAGGAAAAAUGUACAGAAACCAUCAAAUUCCCCGAGUGCGAGGCACUGUGCACAAGAACAGAAAUGUGUUUAAACUUGGCAUGGUGCUUGAUACACAGUAAGAGCUAGAUAAACAUCACCUCUUAUUGUAGUCUGGUGUUUUGGAGGCAGACUGUGAGAUGAGGGAGAGGAUGAACCGCCAGUAUGCUGAGUGGAGAUGAAGAGUUACAGAGCCCAGGCAGGGAACUCUUACAGCAUGCCGUAACCAUCAGCCCUAUCCUUCUGCAGUCAAUAAGCCCAAACCAUCUGGGCUGCCAGGGGAGCUACUGGCCACAAUAGAGCCGAGAUUAUACCAAAUACAUAAUCGGUAGUCACUGAGCAAAACCCCUAAGCAAGAAUGUGCCCAUGGGACCAGCAGUAGCCAGGGAAGAGCCCUUUAUCCCGCCUUUGAGUUUCUCGUGCUGAACGGAAGAUGACACUAUGGCCCAGGGCAGUCAGAACGUGCCAACACCCCUCACACUGAAAUGGUCAAGAGAGGAAUGCAAACCUUUCUGGAAUGUGUGCUGUGUGUGUGACACAGUAGGUGGCAUGAACAAGCUGCCCUCUCAGAACCCAGAGCACAGGCAGGAGACCCAGAUACAAUGACACAAGGGGGCAUGCAGUGCUGAAAGGCACCCAGCCGAACCAGGGGCCUGGGGACAGGAUGGGGUUGAGUUUCCCAAAGGAGGUGCCUCCUGAGCACCAAGCCAUCAGUGUGCUACCACAGGGUGUAUGGUAAUUCUUGGAGGUCCUUUGACGUGGUCUGUUUUAAGGCUAGUCAUUUUGCCAAGGCUUGAAUAAGCAAAGAUUCAUCUUACCUUAGCCCUUUUUCUAUCUCUAUUCACUCCUUCCUCGGGUUUCUGAUCUCAUCCACUGGCAGGGGACAAAGCCAAACUGCCCCAGAAAUGGGGGAAGAGCUCUGACUCUUCUGGGCUCUCGUUCUGAUUUCCUUCACACACACACACACACACACACACAAAACACAAACCCGUUGCAGUUGAGUCGAUCCCAGGGUUUCCAAGGAGCACUUGAUGGAUUCGAACUGCCAACCUUUUGGUUAGCAGCCAUAGCUCUUAACCACUACGCCACCAUGGUUUCCCUGGUAAGGGCUUAAAGGUGUUAGAGAAAAAACUGGGCUAGAGUAUCAGCAAAGGCUUAAGGGGACAGAUUUUUUCACAGGGAGUAGGGUUCGUUAAAGUCCUGGUGCCCACAUUGUCGUUUUUAGGCUAUGAUCCUACAGCGGUGCAGGAAGGCAGGUAGCGUUGCAAUGUUGCAGAAAAUUAAAAGGGAGCUAUUUACACCAGCUUGGCACUAGGGGGCCCUGCAGCACACACUCUCCCUAAGAGGAAAGCUACACCUGUCUAAAAAUGAAGACCAGGGAAGGGAGGCCUUCUGAUGCCACCUGUUCUCUCCUGCUGAAAUCCUCCUCUUUUGUGGAGGCAGCUAAGUUCCUGCCACAGGGCAAAGCAAGUCAUCAGUACAUGCCAAGAUGGGCUUGGGGCAUUCUCACUGUGCCCUCUACUCUUGGCAGUUCAGUCCCUCAAGCAGUCAUGGGAAAACCAGGUUAGGAAUGGCUGACUCAGGAAAACCAACUGAGAGUUGUCUGCCGUGUCCACACAGAGCCAGUCAUGAUGAUAGUUGACAAUUAUUGAGCACUUUCCACAUGCCAGGUUGCACUCUAAGUACUUUAUGUGCAUUAUCUCAUUUCAUCUUCAUAAAUUAUGAAUCAGAACAAACCUCUAAGGAAGGUACCACUGAGAUUGCCAAUUUAGAGCAAAUCAAAGAGGUCUAGGACUGGAAACUUGACCCCAGGGGAUUCUAGGGUUUAAAAGCAUUUUCCAGCAUACAUCAGCUGGGGUGAGUUAUGAGGAAAGACACUGACUGGUAUCUUAAAGGAAAAGCAAGCUGUUCUCAUCCAUUCCUCACUCAUAGACAAAUCCAAUGGGCCAGGCAGCAGUUACUGCCUAAGGAUAAGGACAGGAGGUCAAAGCAGAUUCAAGUUUGAAAGCCACUCUGUGCCCACCCACCUCAGCCACAGGUGAACCUGGCUCGACCUCGCUCCAGUCCGGCCACAAUCUGCCUGGCAGACCUUACGGCUGACCAAAGGCUGCUCAACCUUUACAUGUUUCUCCUUUGGGACUAUUACGGCCCUCACUCAUCAUUUACCCAUCAACCCCUCCCCUAAAACAUCCACCAACAGCCUGGAGCUUACACUGGUCGUAAGGUUUUCUGGUGGGCCCUUGAUUUCAAGCCAAGCUAGUUUUUGGCUCCUCCACAGCAGUUUUCCGGGGCCUAGUACCUCCCAUGCCUGCCAAGUACUGUAUGACCACAGGCCUGAGUAGAUCCUCGAUGCCUUCUGAACUAUUAACUAAUUAUGCCUGGCAAGGUGUAAGAAAACCCUAGAUCAUACUUCACCCAACAGGAAAUAAUGGGUGUUGGGCAGACAACAAACUCCAAAUAAGUGUGAAAGGGUUGUAAAAAUUCAAGCUUAUGUUAAAUGAAGAUGGUCACUUCCUGGUGACAGACAAAAAAAAUUUUUUUUAAUCUCCCCUCUUCACUAACAAAAAAAGGUUCUUAGACUAUCACAAAAUCCUUCAAAAAAAUGAAGGGAAAAAUCUUUGCAAAACUCAGGUCCCAUUUAAGAUGUAUGUUUUUAUUGAAGUUUAAAAAAAAAAAAAAACUGUAACCAGACAGAAAGGAUAGACAAGAAUGUUAUAAUCUGACUAUAUAAUAUUCUCUUCUCAUUCUUGGUGGAUCACUAAAAUAUAACAAAGGAUUGUCCUCUAAACUAAUUUUAAGGUUGUCCAGUUAAACCAUUAUUUGGUAUCCUUUGAAUAGGUUAAUGUCUUAACUAUUUAGAGUUUCUUCUCAGAAACAUUCAUAUAUUAUAAAGGAAACAUUCAUAGUUUAUUUGGGAAACAUUCAUAUUCUCUACAGGAUGUACAAAUUUGAGACGAGACAAUAAAACACACAAUUAUAGCCGCAACACUAUCCUAGCUGCAUUGUGGUGAUGAUGCUGUUCAGUCAGCUGUUCGCUAUAUACAACUGAAUUUUCAUAGUGUUGUUUACAGAGGGGCCAGAAGCACUCAUCUAAAGGUAAAGGCGCUCGAGUUUAAUGUGCAGUUUCAUAGCCCUAUGAAAACACAACAAGUAUAUACACUGUAAACACCACAGGGCAUGAAAUCCAUUUCCCACCACAAACAUCAAUCUCACAGAUCAAGCAUACAAGGUCUAAAGUAAGGUGCCCGGCUUUCCCUUUUUAAGCAUACUUUUCACCCAAGAGUGAUGCUAUUCUUUCCAUAGGACACUACUCGCGUAUUUCAAAUGUGGCGCCAGUGCAUGAAACCUUUCUGGAAUCCCUUUCUGGAAACUGCCUGCAGAGAAUGCAGCGUGCUCUUCUAAAUGUCCUCAGUGGUGGCAAGUCUCUGUCCUUUGAGGAUGGACGUGAUUUAGGAAAACAGGCAUAGUUAUUCACAGCUAAGUGAAUCAAACUGGGCUACCACCCUGGAUCAGAUGUGAGGCGCCAACGUAGAACUCUUUCUUGGACAGCUCGCCAAUUUGCAUUUAAAAACCACCUGAGCAUGGGCAAUCCUGGUGGAGUAAGUACUGCUUCUCCUAUGGUGACAACUCUGAGAGGCAACACUCACUUGAAUGGUAUAUCUGGGUGGUAUGUUUUACAGUUUCUAAAAAAAUGGUUCUUUUGUUGCCUCUUGCAUAGACUUUAAUAUUCCUCUUCAGCUUCAGUCCCUUUUGCUUUCUUAUGGAUUGCCCGAUUAAAGCUGUGGCAGGCAGGGACCCAGUGAUUGUCAUGAAGCCCCAGCUUACAGCCAGGAAAGCCCUUCUGAGACCGGUGACAACACAUCCAGUAUCCUGGCCCAUAGGGCAGUGCCUGGCAAUAGGGCUUGGGGUGCCACCGGCACAGGGACACGUCCCCCUUCACAUAUUUUUUCUUGCACUGCUUGCAAGGAUCCUCUCUAUAGCGUGGAUCUCGAACCCAGCGAGAAUCUGCUGGCCUGAUGUUAUAAUAUUCAAUGAUGAACUUAAAAUAGCAGCAGGUACAUUUAAGAGCCACUAAACUCUUGGUGGGAAGCAACCUGAAGAUUUUCACCAUAAUGUGGUGGGGCAGAAAGGCCAUGUACUGCUGAGGCUCCAAAAGCUGCUGGAUUUUAAACCUGGUCUCCAGAAAGUCAUGAGACACCUGCUUCUUCCAACUAGAUACCUCAAGCACCGGUAAUGUACUUUCCACAGAAGAAGCCGGAAGGACAAAUGGCUCAGCUGAGACACUUUUUUCCUCAGAUGCACUGUCAACCUCAGCAGUGUCUUCAAGCUGGUGGGCCUCUGAAGACUCUCCUGUGCUUUCAUUCAACUGUGAACAGUCCGACUCGUGCUGACCAGGCGGCAAAAAAAACAACAUCCCUGGAAGUGGGUCACCACAGGUGUUUAAACUAGAAGGCUGGUCUUUCUCCACCUUGGACACAGUGAUACUAAUACACAAAGACUCUUUUCUGCUCUGAUCAGGAUUUUGGGUAGUAAGCGGCACAAGCUCUCUUCUCAUACAAUCAACAGCAACUGUGGGCAAUUCAGUGGCUUGGGGACAGGUGCGAGGAGGAAAGGGUGACCCAACAAGUUCCUCCGUCAUUUCCACAUCAUACCUAUUGCUGUUUCUCACAGCAAUUUGCUGACCUGGCUCUAAUUCUGCACUGUCCAUGUGGAAACCCACACCUGCUGACAACGAGGGACAGCCCUGAAGAGCACCAUCCCAGGCCAGGUCCCCCUCAGGACAACACUGGUCAGCUCUUGAGGGGCCACAGUCCUCAGAUACAGACCCCACCUGACACUCAGGUAACUCCAAGGUGCCUUUUUUUGUUUUGUCUUCCUCAGCCUGUGUGCCAUUUGCAAGCAGAACCCGGCCCACAUUGCGACGGAAGCUGUUAUUCCUUGAGAGGCUCCCGGGCUCACGGUGACCCUGCCGCUUCAGGCACUCUGACUCCAGCCUGGCCACCAUAUCAAGGACACGGACUGGCUCACCCUGGGGUUCGCCUACCUCAGGAUUUCCCCUUUCCGUGGGUUCUUCACAGGCUCCUGGGGCAGAGAAGGGCUCAGAGGCUGGGGGCACACCUCUGGACUGCCCAGAAAACCUCACAACAGCAGAUGAGUUUGUGGAGUUUUUCGCACAACUGGCUAGCAGAGCACUGGCUCUUUGCUCAAGGAAGGCAACCAUCUGUAUAACCGACAGCGGCCUCCCUGCACAAACACCAUCCCCAGUGUCACUCACGGAAUGCACAGAGCAGUGUUCGAUGCCACACGCAAAAGGCUCAGGCUGGGGGCACCUGCUGUUGACUUCCCUCAUCCUUUCUAAUUGUAUCUUGGCUUUUUUAAGAUCCCCUGAUUUUUUCCUUCUUUUAGUAGCUCUCCCAUCUAUAUCCCAGGAGCUUUUUAUUUUCAUAGAUCCUAUCCUAUUGCUACACUGGUGGGCUGCAAAGAAUGCAAUUUUCUCCUUGGUAUUUCCCGGUUUCACAACGGCCCAGAUAUCAAGCGGCCCUUCCCCUUCUUCGCCCUGGUGGAUUGUUGCAGAUGGUACAUUCUUUUUGGUUUUAAGACUCAAGCUGCUCUCUACAGGACUCUUCCCACUCAUACUGCACAGAACAUUUGGAGAAAUGAUCCCAAAAGGCUUUCGAGAUGACACUUUACCAAGAGAGGCUGAAGGAAAGACACUUGGUUUUACGUAGCUUGCUCUGCACGUUUCAUCAUUUAUAGCCCUUUGGUGGCUCAUGGGCAUUCUUGGUGUUUCCUUGCUAAUUUCCAGAGGUAGCUCUUUCUUCUGGAGUUUCCAAUAUGGUUUUAGAUGCAUAACAAAGGCCCUAGAGGAAAGAAACACAGAUUUGAUUAAAAAAUCAAUUUUGCUUUUAGAAAAAAAAUUUUUUUUUUUUUUUUUUUAGUUUAAACCAAGGUGUCUCUAGCAAGUAGUAGAAACAUUUCUACCAGUUGCCUAAAUCUUAACCAACUCUUCUCAUUUCAGCUAGUUCUUAACGCACAGAUCAAGAAUAACAAAAGCAAAAUAAUCAUUUUCCAUGGUGUACAGGCCAGAAGGUUAGUCCUUUAAAUGUAAAGAAAUGUGAACUUACUGAAAGCAUCACAGUAAAGAAGUACAGGACUUAAUACGGCAGAAAGAAAAGUACAAAAGGAAGUUUCCGACAAUCCCACGCUAGUGGAUUAUUUAUCACUAUUUCCUUCUAGGUUAUCAUGACUAGCCUUUUACUGAUUGCACAAGAGUUCAUCGAACCUAUUAUAUACAGUUUUCUAAACUAUUUCUGUUGAAUAUUCAGAUGUUUAUAAUUUUUCACUUAUUUGCUUAUCUACUUUGCCCAUCUAUUAGUCUUGAUUUUCUAAAUAACUUAUUUGUAUAAAUUCUUAAUUGUCAAAUUUCUUGCAAAGAUGUUAAAUAAAAAAUAGAACCCAUAAUCCUUAUUAAUUCUAAAAGUGAUUUUUCUCACUAGUUCAGAAAAACGGUCCCCCAGCUAGGGGUGGGGAGCUUGGCUGUUAAUCAAAAGGUCAGCAGUUCAAAACCACCAGCUGCUCCUUGGAAACCCUGUGGGGCAGUUCUAGUCUGUUCAAUAGGGUCAUUAUGAGUCAGAAUUGACUUGAUGGCAAUGGGUUUGGUUUGGUUUUGGCCAGGAGUGGAGAUGGGGGCAAUUUCAGAAAUUGGAUAAACGGAUUAUAUAAUAACAAAGACAUGUCUUCUACUUCCUGCCUGUCAUUAAUUAGCGUGACAGAUGAUUUUACCUUGGUAGGUCACUUCCGCUCUGGUCUGAGCUAAAAACAUAACUGAGGGGUUGGAUUACUUGUCAAUUUAUGUGCCAAUAUUUUGUAGCCCACUGCUACACAGAACCCUAGGAUUGAGAGAAUGAGUGUUUCCUAAAGAUGCCUGGUCCCCUACAAAAUAAACCUACAGGUCAGAAUAAGCCUCUGCAGACACUUGAGGGUCGUUUCUCAGCCCCCUGCCUUGCUCAGAGUGUGACCCCUGCUGCAAUCAGAUACUGGUAUAUAUGGCAAUCACCCCAACCCUCUAAGACUGUAGGACAGAGCCUGUACCACACACUUGAUGAUCUGCUAUCUGGAAAACCGAGCUGAAUUCAUACAAGAAAACUGAAUGGAUUCCUAGACUGAUAUACCUGAUAACAGCUCUAGCCAGCUGGGGACAGGACACCAGAGCUCCAAAGGUGAAAAUAAUCAAGCUAGCUCACUCAAGCAACCCAUAGGGGUAUACUAAAACAAAGCAAACAGCUACGACACAGUAAGCAAGCAUAAACUAAUACAAUAACUUACACAUGGCUCUGAGACAAAAGUCAAUAUCAAGUCACAUAAAGAAACAGGCCAUGAUCACCUCAACAGGCUCUCAAAACAGAAUCCAGGGAUCUUUUAGAUAAAAGUGCAUUCCUGGAAUUACCAGAGCCAGAAUACAAAAGUUUAAUACACAGAACUCUUCAAGACAUCAGAUGGAAAUGAGGCAAUACGCAGAACAAGCCAAGGAACACACAGAUAAAGCAACUGAAGGAAUUAGAAAGAUUAUUCAGGAACAUAAUCAAAAGUUUAAUAAGCUGGGAAAACCCAUAGACAGACAGCAAUCAGAAAUUCAGAAGAUUAACAAUAAAAUUUACAGAAUUAGACGACUCAGAGGAGCAGAACUGAGCAAGUAGAAGCAAGAAUUUCUGAACUCAAAGAUAAAUCACUUGGCACUACUAUAUCUGAAUAAAAAAUCAGAUAAAAAAAAAAAAAA